CAUUCAAGAGGCACAUGCAGGGCAAAUAGUUGCAGUAUUUGGUGUAGAUUGUGCUUCAGGGGAUACAUUUACGAAUGGGUCUGUCAGGUACACCAUGACUUCUAUGAAUGUUCCUGAGCCAGUGAUGUCAUUGGCUGUUCAACCAGUCUCAAAAGAUUCUGGAGGACAAUUUUCAAAGGCUUUGAAUCGUUUUCAGAAGGAAGAUCCUACAUUUCGUGUUGGCUUAGAUCCUGAGAGUGGUCAGACAAUUAUCCCUGGAAUGGGAGAGCUGCAUUUGGACAUAUAUGUUGAACGCAUCCGAAGAGAGUACAAGGUUGAAGCAACCGUUGGAAAGCCUUGUGUUAAUUUCAGAGAGACAAUUACUCAACGUGCUGAAUUUGAUUAUUUACAUAAGAAGCAAAGUGGAGGACAAGGUCAAUAUGGAAGAGUAAUUGGCUCUCAAAUUGGUUUUUGGCACAAUUUUCUGGGCUUGCACUUGCUUCUUGAUAAUAAGAUGCUUUUGAUUUCUUACAUUUGUAGGUAUGUUGAACCACUUCCACCUGGGUCCCCAACUAAGUUUGAAUUUGAAAACAUGUUAGUGGGACAAGCUAUUCCAUCGAGUUUUAUUCCUGCAAUUGAGAAGGGUUUCAAAGAAGCUGCAAACUCGGGUUCAUUAAUUGAACACCCAGUUGAAAAUAUCCGUGUUGUGUUGACAGAUGGUGCAUCUCAUGCUGUGGAUUGCAGUGAACUUGCAUUUAAGUUGGCUGCAAUAUAUGGCCUUCUGACAGUGCUACACGGCCGCAAAGCCUGUGAUAUUAGAACCUAUUAUGUUGGUUGAGUUGAAAAUCCCAACAGAAUUUCAGGGCACUGUGGCUGGUGACAUUAACAAGAGGAAAGGUGUUACUGUUGGAAAUGACCAAGAUGGAGAUGACUCCAUAAUUACUGCCCAUGUCCCUUUGAUCAAUAUGUUUGGAUAUUCAACAGCACUUCGUUCAAUGACACAGGUGAAGCCUAAAAUCAUGAGUAAAAUACGGAUGUGAUUACCCAGCCUCUUUUAGUUUCUCUUAAUGCAUUCUGUUGAUGCUUAUUCUGAGCAAGGCAAAGGUGAAUUUACUAUGGAAUACCAGGAACACUCGCCUGUAUCUCAGAAUGUGCAGAUGCAAUUAGUUAACACUUACAAGGCCGAAAAGGCAUCAGAAUAAUUGGGUGCCAUCGAAGGCCGAAGAGCAAACAAAUCCUCCAAUUCUUUUCUAAGUUAUGUAGCUUAUUGGCAUAUUCAAUACCUCCAAGUUCCAUAACUACAUUUAAUUGGGG